UCAACCCAGUAAUCUAGAAUGGAAGUUGUCAAGCGGAGAAUUUGUCAGAAAUUCUCUCACAAUCAACAUUAAUGAUUCUAGAAAUUCUAAAAAUAAAAGGCUGACCGCUUAUACAGUGAGGGUAUUAGAUUUGUCAUCCGAAUUUCUAGGCGGUAUGUACAUCUGGUUCGGAGAAGAACAGUCUAGCCUGAAACAAAAAGUACCAAAGUCGAAGCAACAUGCUACCAAUAAAAUUCGAAGCCGUGUUCUUGAAGGCAUUGGGAAGAUUGAGGGU